GCCAUCACCAAACAUCACUCCUCAUAGCAACUGCAUCUCCGGAUUUCAAUUUCUCUUUGCCAAUCAUGUAUCCAUCCCUUCGUAUACUUCUUACUGGUAAGGGGGCUUUAUUAGGCCCUGUAAUCAAGGACAAAACUACGAACGUAUCAAAAUGUUAUCGUUUUUCAAGAGUACCAUAUGCUUUACCGCCAACAGGUAAAAGACGAUGGCGAAAGCCGCUUCCGCUCCCUUCUAACUUCUCAUAUGGUCCCGAAAAUAAUCCGCCGACUUACAAUAAGCCUUCUAUUUCAUGCCCGCAAUCUCCGCUACUUGUAUCACCAGGCAGCUCGAGCGAGGAUUGUUUACAGUGUAACAUCUAUAUCCCACUUGGUGAUCCACCAUCAGGUGGUUGGCCAGUGUUCUUCUAUAUUCAUGGUGGCUUCCUUCAAUACGGCUCCAACAACUCAGACGACCCUUCUUCGUUAUUGGCCGAGUCAGACGUGAAAUGUAUUAUUGUAUGUCCCAAUUAUAGACUCGGGGUUUUUGGAUUUCUAGCAGGUAGGGAACUUUGGGACGAUACUUCAGCCGGAAACUUAGGACUCUGGGAUCAACGAGCCGCGCUUGAAUGGACAUAUGAAAAUAUCGAGUUCUUUGGUGGCAAUAAAGAGAAUAUCACAGUCGGUGGUUUAUCCGCUGGUUCUUAUUCCGCAUUUCAUCAGCUAGCGUACGACAUCGGCCCAAAUUCUAAACGCCAAAUUAUUCGUAGAGUUAUUCAAUGGUCAAAUGGAUGUGGCGUUGAGCCCAAACAAAUUUCUGAAGCUCAAGAACAAUUUGAUGAUUUACUUUCUGUUUUGGGAAUAUCUCGGUCUUUGAGUGGAAGACAGACCGUGGAAGUCCUUCGCAGCAAAAGCUGUGAUGAGUUGAUAGUUGCCGUUGGGAAAAUGAAGCAAGUCUUUAUUCGUCCGGUCCUCGAUGGAGAGUUCAUCUCCAAGGAUUUGUUCACUAGAAUCUAUGACGGCUCGUUUGGGAAACGAUUCAAAGAACUUGGCAUCAAAACCAUCAUCGGGGAUCUUACACAAGAAUUUCAGCUCUAUAAAAACGUGUUUCCCCCACAUUCGUAUGAGAGAUUGAUUGACCGUCUGUCAUGGGACUAUCCACGAAGUAUCGCCAAGGCCGUUUGCGCCAAAUACAAACCGGACCACUCUUCUCCAAAUUAUCCUAAGGAGCACUGGAUUGAAGUCUUUGGCAAAUUGUAUGCUGACAUGCAGAUACAUUCCACUAUGCGCGGCUUUCUUGUCGCAAUAUCUUCUGAUGUUCCAAUUGAGAACAUCAAUCGAUACAGAAUCGAUUGGAGAACUGAAAGUGUGGACAGAAGGUUGCCUAAAAUUGUUGGUGCCACUCACGGGACGGACAUGUCAAUUUGGUUCUUUGGGAACGGUGAUUUAUUGAAUGACAAUGAGAAGGUCGUAUUGAGAGAGUGGUUGAAACCAAUGGCUGAUUUCAUAAAAGGUGAUGAUUUUACUUGGGGUACACGGUCAAUUAAGGAGGUAAAAUUUCUUACUUCAGAUGGAGACAUUCAGAUUAGGAAAGACGAUAUAUUUCAACAGAGUCUGGAUUUGUGGAAUGUUUCAAAAGCGGUUAUCGAAUCUCGAAAUCAAAGUAAACAAUCUAAGAUAUGAGAUCUUAGAUUUAUGUUUCUGAAAUUACUAUAGUUAUUGAGGUGAUUGCACCGAGUUUCUCCUAUGUCCGAUAACUCUACGAACGGUCGUUGACUUCAAUCUAAGGACCAGAAAUCUUCUAGUGAUUCCA